CCCCAAAAAUCCUUCAGUAGUGAUAUUGUCACGGCGGAGCUUCUAAACGCCGACGUCUAGAGAGAGAAAAACCCUCGCCGGAAAAUUGAAAAACAAUGUGCUCUACAAAGCACAAGCAGAAGCACCAAAACAGCCAUAAUCACCCCCGCACCUCCCCCUCCACCGCGGCCGCCGGCACCGGGGAGGAUUGGAGGGAUGAGGCCAUCAGCACCGGAUCGCUGAAGCACGUCGAUCUCAACACCGGAUCCAACGGCUGGGCGUCGCCGCCAGGGGACCUAUUCUCCGUCCGCGGCCCGAAUUACCUGACGAAGAAGGGCAAGAACCCCGCCGGCGAGUGGCUGAUGAAUCCGGCCGGCGUCGACUGGCUCAGAUCCAGCGCCAAACUCGAUCACGUCCUGGCGCGGCCGGACAACCGCGUGAUGAACGCGCUGCGCGCCUCGAGGUGCGAGAAAUCGUCGAAGACGUUCGUCAUCGCGAUCAAUCUCCAGGUCCCCGGGCGCGAGCAUCACUCGGCGGUUUUCUACUUUUCCAGCAAGGUCGACGAGCCGAUUGCGUCGAAUUCGCUGCUGUAUCAGUUCAUCAACGGCUCCGACGCCUUCCGCAGCAGUCGAUUUAAGAUUGUGAAUAAAAUCGUGAAAGGUCCGUGGAUUGUGAAGACGACGGUGGGGAAUUACUCGGCGUGUUUGUUAGGGAAGGCGUUGAAUUGCUACUACCACCGCGGACCUAAUUAUUUGGAAAUCGAUGUCGACAUCGGUAGCUCCGCCAUCGCCUCCGCGAUUUUGAAGCUGGCGUUGGGCUGCGUGACGGCGGUGACAAUCGAUAUGGGGUUUUUGGUGGAGGGGCAAAAGGAGGAAGAGCUGCCUGAGCGGUUAUUCGGUGCCGUGAGGAUUUGUCAAAUGGAGAUGAGCUCAGCCACGUUUGUUGAGAGCGCAAUCGCAACAAGCAAGGUUUUGCCGAUGAGUAGUGGCGGUGAAAGCGAAAAUGAGGAUGAUUAAAUGAUUAAAUCCUUAGCCUUUGGUAAGUUUAUUAAAGGAUAUGAUAUUUGGCAGUGAUGAUGAUGAAAGAAGUAUGAUGAAUCCCUUAAUUUGGGGUUGGAUGGGUGUAGAUAAUAACCUUUUAGUGGCAAUGUUGAAUUGAUUUCACCAUUUUGAUCUGUUUUCUGUUGGUUUAACCUUUUAAUUCAUUCAAAACUUUGAGUUUUGCUGUGUA